AUGUCUCUCAAUUCGGCGCUCGAAAGACUUCCUGCGGAGCUUCACAAGGAGAUUGCAUCCUAUCUCGUCGCCUCAAACUCCACCAAGUCGAUCCACUCACUCGCCUCCACAUGCAAGCGCUGCUUCAACAUCUUCGCCCCAUUUGCAGUCCAAACAUACCGCAGCUCCGAAAUUCCCAAAGAACGAUCUCAAUCGCGCAACCGUAACUUACAAUUCCUCCACCAUAUCGCCAUCUCCCAUCCGGAGCUCGUCUGGCAUGUCCAAACGCUUGAUUUACAUGAUUGGGGGUUCAAGAGCGAUGGGACAGAGUCAGGUCUUGCGAUCCGGGAUGAUGAGUGGUCUGUAUACAAGAGGCUGGUAGAUGAGACUUUCCCCUCUGAAGGUGAAUCAGAAAUUAGGAAGCAAUGGGUCAAAUUACUAGAAGAGGAAUGGGAAGAUGCUUUGAUGGCACUGCUUCUUGCAGUCUGCACCAAUAUCAGGACAUUGAUCUAUCGGAUACCGAAAAAGUCUAGCAUUUUUCUGCGCGUUUUGAAUGCUGGUGUCAGCAAUCAAAACGGUGCCGAGCCAGGCGGAUCAUUUCCUCGGCUACAAAACAUCACACAAAAACCUAACAUUAUGAGCAAGAGGCGAUGGUUCCUUUAUGAUCCUAGCAAUAACGAGAGCUCAGAGUUUAAAUUCGACGAGGAUUUUAUCAAGAUACUGCAAAUGCCUUCCCUGCGCUCAUACGAGUGCAACGGCAUGACCCUAGCCGGCGACAUGGAUAAAGAGGUUCUGGACAAACUGCCUAGGCGAUCUGUCAGCAUAGAGUCACUUUCGAUCACCGACUCCAAUUGCCAGUUUUCCUCUCUUAAUGCCUUACUAGCUGUGUGUCGGGGGUUACGAGCAUUUACAUCCACACGAGCACGAGAGAAGCCAAUUACGCUGGAAAUGACGGCUCGAGAUAUCGUAAGAGCAUUGAUACCGCAUUCAGAUACCUUGGAAUACCUUCACCUCGACUCCAACAAAACAUGGAGGCUUGCUUAUGUCUUAGAUCAGGAAACAUUUUGGUCAUACGCCGGGGUUGAGCUCAAACAACUGCACAGGUUGAAGCACCUCAAGGUUGUUAUCGAAGCCCUCAAGGGGCUUUUCAAUGUGUUCGAGGCAGUCAUGGAUGAGAACUGGAAGAUGCCACCUCCACCUCCCUUUGCAGACUGUAUUCCAGAGCAGUUGGAGUGUCUUGAGAUUCGGAACUGUACGAUAGAGGACUUGCCUCAGAUCACUGAGUUUGCUGAAGCUUUGGAGAAUUUUCCGAAACUUCGGUCGGCACGAUUCGUGUUUAGCGAUGACCCUAUUGAGUGUGGAUGGGAGGAGAAGCCGAAGGAUCUUAUUUUUGAUAUGAAUAGGCCAUCUUCGGAAGCAGUGCAACUGGUCAAGGAUCUGUAUGACCAGAAAUAG